AUGAAGGGCCGAGAGGCGGCGUCGCCAAAGUCGCCAGCUCCAUCACCACAACGUGCCGGACGUAACGUCUUCCGACUGCCGUCUCCAUACGAUGCCUCCAGCAGCGAUGAAGAGGAGGAAGAAGAGGAAGAGGAGGAGGAGUAUGAACAUAACGGGCGCCGUGCAGAGCAAUCACCCCGUACCGUGCCCUCUGGUGCCGCGUUUGUGGCGAUGCCUGCGCGUGAGACGCAAGAGGAGCGAGGUCGAGGGUCGCCGUACCGUCGCGAUGACGCCGACACCCUCCUGCGCGAGCUCGAAAAGCGUCGCCGCGAAGAAGUCAAGCUGGCGGUCAAGGCCAACGUGCAGAGCUACGAGGAGGACGUGCGCAGGCUCACCGAGUCAUUCGACGCGGCGCUCUCCACGCUCACCCAAGAUCUCGGACAGCAGACAGAUCCCAUGGCGGACUUCAUCAGGGCCGAAAGCGAAAAGAGGGCGCGCGCGGUGAAACAGCAGAUGGAACGAUAUCUGCGCGAAGAGGAAGAGCGAACCAGGGAAGACAACCGAAGGCUUGCCGAAUUCGCCCGGAGGAAGCAGGCGCUCGAUGCCGCCAAGCAGCAAAAAGCCGAGGAAGAGAAGCGAAGGGUUGAACAGGAGAGAGCAGAGCGGGAGAGGGCCGAGGCGGAGGCCAAGCGAAUCGAGCGGGAGAAGGCGCAGGCGCAGGCGCAGGCCGAGGCCGAGGCCAAGCAAAGGGAGGAGCAAGCGCAGGCUCAGCAGAAGGAGGCCGAGAGCAAGGCGGCGGCCGACCGACAGGCGCGGCAGGCCUCAGCGGCUGCUGCCACCGCUACCGCAACUGCAGCAGCGGCGAAAACAAGCGGAUCCGAUUCGGCGGUGUACAAGCAAAGCCUGGAUCUGCUGAACGACAUCAAAAACAAAACCGAGAGCGGGAUCGACCCAGCGGUGCGCAGGCACGUGAUGCAGAAGGCCCAUCUCAACAUCCAGCAGAUCUCAGCCGACCGCGAGCAGGUCUUCUCCAAAAUCAAGCUCCUCUCCGAGCUCAUCCAGCAGUCCGCCUCGCAGAACGAGGCCACGAAACUGUUCUGUCUCGACCUCAUUGCACAGAAGAUCGUGCAGCAGGGCGACAGUCAGGUCCAUGUGGCCCAGCUCGCCGCGUUCCCCAUCGCCGACGUGGCGGUGGCGCUCUGCACUCUCGUGCCCGACCUCACCCGGAUCCUCAUCGCCAGGUUCCAUGAAAAGUGUUGCUUCACGAUACCCUACUAUGUGCCCAAGCUUCAGGGCAUGAGCGACGAGGACCACCUGGUCGCCCUCGGCUACCAGCGGAAAAGGAACACGCCGACGGGUUUCGAGACGGAGGAGGCCUUCUUUGAGAGGAUGGCCGGCUUCGUCACCUUGUACGCCGCCAUCAUGCAGGCCGACCCUUUCCAAGGAAAACCGCACCCGCACGGCAUCGAACACGCGUGGGGCUGGAUGGCGCGAACGCUCAACACGACGCCGCGAAGGAUCACGGCCACGCUGGUGUACAAGUUUUUGCAGGUGGCGGGCCACGCCCUGGUGCGGCAGUACGGCCGGCAGUUCCUCAAGAUGCUGCUCCUCCUCAAGACCCACACCCUGCCGGCCAUGGCAAGCUCGGCCCGCGCCCACACCCCCUCCGUCACGCGCCUCCAGCUCUUCAUCCAGGAGGCCGAGACCACCAACAUGCGCAACCUCACCACCCCCGAAGGACGCAACUACUGA